AUGGAUACCAUCUUGGUCUUCAGCCUAAUCAUUACAUCCUACGAUGCCAACAAGAAAGACCUCAGAGAUAGCGAGUGCCAAGUGGAACAGCUGCCUGGGCUCUUCCCAAAGGAUGUGCCAAGCAUCAGGGAUUUGCAAAUGCAAGAAACUCACACAGAAACCAAAACGGCAACAUUCAUCCAAAAUCAGAUUGUGGCUACUCUGCAGUGCCUUGGUUCUGGGAGCAAAGUGAAAGUCAACCUUGUGUAUUUGGAGAGAAAGCCAAAAGUUAAGCAUAUUCUAAAGAACCUGAAAGUCAUUGCUGUUCCCCGCAGAAACAACUCUGCCUCCCCAAGCUGUCACCUUACAUCCAAGUUUCAGACUGGAUCCCUUCUAACAGGCAAAGCUUUUUUACCGGGGAUCUCCCAAUGUAAGGUCUAUCCAGUGAUGGGGGCUUCGUCAGAGACUUUUUCCACCUCUACCAAUUCCGUUACUCCUGGGAAUACAGAAGGAGAGAAAACUACAAGUAUUGACACAGACGAGAACCUAGAAAAGAGGAAGAAAUGGAGUAUUGUGGUCAAAUUUCUGAUUGCUGUCAUCUUGUUGCUGAGUGCAGUCGCCAUUAUAGUAUUUGUAAUCUUUGAAGUCCCAUGUCCUUGUCAAUGCCUAGGAGCCAGGAAGCUGUGCCAAUGCCAAUGGUGGCGCAGAAGGCAAAGGAAAGGAGGCCAGAAACCUGGGACAGCUGAAUCCCAGCAUGACUCUCAGCCUGAGAAGGAAAGUGUUGGACAAGAUGCUCCCAACUCAUCAAACCCAAAGAAAACUGCAGGGAUCACUGUUAUCCACCAGACAUACUUCUAA